AUGGUUCUCGUGUUUGAAGAAAUUCUCCAGGGAUCGGACAUACACGAGGACGAGAUGCUCCAACUGCAUGAUGAGAAACCAGUACUGGAACUGAGGGGAUGCUUCAGCUCGUUUAAUGCACCAGUCUUCAAACGGUAUGGGGUCCUGCUCCUCUUCAUGCCGUGUAAGAAUCAGCAGCGUCCCAUUACCUACAAGACGCGGCAGUGCGCCGAACUGCUCAACAACAAGUCCUUCCACGGAUACAUCUUCGAGUGGCAGGCCUUCACCGACAUCUACACGGGCAAUCCCUGCGAUAUGUUCUGCUACGUGCCGCGGCUCGGCUACAACACACAACCACAGCCCUCGUACAGGGACGGCACCGACUGUCUGGAUCCCUACCAAAAGAAGCACGGCGAAGUCACCAGCGACGCCUACUAUCGAUGCGUGGGCGGCAAAUGCCUGGAGUUUGGAUGCGAUGGGAAACUCGACACAGCUGGCAAGGUCGACUGUCACGUGACGUCGACAACGUCGGCGGCGACGAAGCCGACGGCAGCACCCACAAUGCCGACGCCCUCAGCGACAACGACACCCAGAGUUGAAGAUCACACGAAGCCCGUUAGAAAACCAGAGGUGGUAACCGCUGCUGCUGAAAAAACAGAAGCUGCCACCACGAAAAAAGCGAUCGUGACGCACCCUACCGCAGGCUAUCCACCGCAUACGGAGGCGACCCUGGUGGCGACGAGUGGAAUCGCGGUCGACGGUGGGUGGUCGGAGUGGGCGUGGUCUGCGUGCUCGCGCAGCUGUGGCGGAGGAAUAAGCACGAGGACGCGUGCUUGCGACAAUCCUCGACCGAGUAACGGAGGCUCGAUAUGUUUUGGCGAUACCGAACAGCUGCAACUGUGCAAUGAGAAGCCGUGUGAGACGUCGCAGUACGCUCACAAGCAGCAGCAGUGCAUGCGAGAGCUCGGCACGCGGGCAUUCGCCGGCCGCACCUUCAAGUGGGACCCGUAUUUCGGACACGGCGAUCAUCCGUGCGUGAUGUGGUGUCGUGUGGCUACGUACGGCUACACGCUGCAGCCGAAGCUCUACUACGAUGAUGGCACGGACUGCGCCGGACACAAACCCAUCGAUGUGACGCACGUUUUCCACAGGUGUCACAGCGGCAAGUGCAUGAAGUUUGGAUGCGAUGGGAAGGUGAACUCAACUGUAACGACCGACAGCUGCGGCGUGUGUGGAGGCAACGGCGCGUCGUGCAAGCAGAUGCAAGACGUACCGAAAGGUAGGUAA